AUGGCUGAACAACAGAAGAUGCAAUACGUCAACCUGGGCAAGUCCGGCCUGAAGGUUUCCAAGGUCAUAUUGGGUGCUAUGUCAUUCGGUUCAGACAAGUGGCAACCGUGGGUGUUGAAUGAGGACGCCGCCUUGCCCAUCCUCGAGCACGCCUACAAGAACGGCAUCAACACAUGGGACACGGCAGACACCUACUCCCACGGCAUUUCCGAGAAGAUCAUCGCCAAAGCUCUUAAGCAAUACAACAUCCCACGCAACAAGAUCGUUCUUCUCUCUAAAUGCUAUUUCGGCGUCGACGAAGAGGAUCCCUCCCUUGGUAUUGCAUCUGUCUCCAUCAACGAUGGCGAGAUGGUAAAUCAGGUCGGUCUGAGCCGCAAGCACAUCUUCGAUGCUGUCGAGAAGAGCGUUGAGCGUCUUGGCACCUACAUCGACGUCCUGCAGAUUCACCGUCUGGACCGCGACACACCAAGGGAGGAGAUCAUGAAGGCGCUCAACGACGUGGUAGAGAAGGGCUGGGUCAGGUACAUUGGUGCCAGUUCCAUGGCAGCGUGGGAAUUUCAAACGCUGCAAAACAUUGCAGAGAAGAACGGAUGGCACAAGUUCAUCAGUAUGCAGAACUACUACAACCUCAUCUACCGUGAGGAGGAGAGAGAGAUGAUCCCAUACUGCAAAGAUACAGGUGUAGGCCUAAUUCCCUGGUCGCCCAUUGCCCGUGGUGCCCUCACGCGGCCCUGGUCUGACCGCUCCUCCAGCCGCGCGCAGACCGACAAGUUCCUUGAAAACCUUGUCCACAGACGCGAAGACAAUAUCGACCAGGAGAUCAUCAAGCGUUUGGAAGAAGUCGCGAAGAAGAACAAUGUCAGCAUGGCGUGCAUUGCGACAGCUUGGUGUAUCAAGAAGGGCGUUUGCCCCAUUAUUGGGCUGAAUAGCAAGGAGAGGGUCGAGGAGACAGUGAAGAACGCGAACUAUCAGCUCAGUGAUGAGGAUGCGAAGUACUUGGAGGAGAGGUAUGCGCCUAAGGAGAAGCAGGGUUUCUAG